AUGGAAGAUGAUUAUCGCACUCGAUUGUCAACGGUUGUAAGUGUUGCUCGAAUACUUUUAGAGGAAGGUUUGUCUUUUAGAGGACAUGAUGAAUCUGCAGAGUUACUCCACCGAGGUAAUUUUCUAGAACAUAUUAGUUGGGUAUGCAAGCGAGAAGAAAAUGUAAAUAAAGUGAUGGGAAAAAAUGCUCCAGGAAAUAAUCAAUUAACUUCUCCUACGAUUCAAAGGGAUAUUAUUGAAUGUUGUGCAAUGGAAACGAGAAAGAUCAUAUUGAAUGAGCUAGGGGAGAAGAAGUUUGCUCUUUUGGUUGAUGAAGCCCGAGAUUGUUCAGUAAAGGAGCAAAUGUCUUUGGUGUUGAGAUUUGUUAAUGACAAAGGAAUGGUUUUGGAACGUUUUCUUGGAUUGGUUCAUGUGAAUGAGAUUUCUGCAAGAGUUCUAAAAAAUGCUAUUGAUACUUUUUUUGCCAAGCAUGAUUUAUCACUUGCAAAACUCAGAGGGCAAGGUUACGAUGGAGCUGCAAACAUGAGCGGUGAAUUUAAUGGGUUAAAAACACUCAUUCUAAAAGAAAACAAAAAUGCACAUUAUAUUCAUUGUUUUGCCCAUCAACUUCAGUUAGUUGUUGUGACUGCUUCACAUGAAUCAGAGAGUGUAGGUGAUUUCUUUGAAACAUUGUCAAUGAUAGUGAAUACAAUUGGAGCUUCGUGCAAAAGAAAGGAUUCUCUUCGAGAAAUACACAAUGAGGAAGUGUUGAAUCAAGUGGAGAUGGGUGAGAUUUCAACUGGAAGAGGUCAGAAUCAAGAAAUAAGUUUAGCUUGA